CUCUCUCUCUCUCUCUCUAUCUCUAUCUCUACCUCUUCAUUCCCAUCUCUCCGCGUCUUGUUUCGAAAUAAUCGAGCCGCACGCGCGGGAUCUUUCGAGCGCCCAAUGUCCUAAUUUGAUUUGCAUGAAAGAUGGCGAUGUUAUCCUCUACAGUCGCGUCGCCCACCGUUCGGGCUGCACAUCGUUGUUACCCCAUGCCGUCGCGCACAGCGACGACAAUGGAGUCGAUGCAACAGCGCAAGAAAGACCGCCGCGGCAAGCAGCAGCAGCAGUGGUAGUGACAGCGAUUGGUGAUGGUGGUUGGUCGACGACAGUGAAGGUUAUCCGCAGUGGCGAUCGUAACGACGACGACGACGACGACGUUGGCGACGGUGGCGGCGGGCCUUUCUAAGCAGUCGUGAGCGAAAUAGCGAUCAAAGUGUAUGUUGCGGCCUCAGUGUCUAUUACGCCACGCCGAUCGAAGAGCGCCGAGAGGGUCCCACGCGUACGUGGGAUUACAUGUGUUGUUAACGAACAGACCGGUCGACCGCUACGAUACUCGCUACGAUACGCACGUGGUACGCAUCGUUAUCGGCCAUGGAUAGUCAUGUGGCGUACAGUUCGGGCGGCCUCGCGCGAUUGUCGACGCUGGUGGGCGCCCCGGAGGCCGCGCUGCGUCUGCUCGUUUCGAUUUUGCUAGGAUUUCCUGUUGCGCUUCUUCAUAGAUAUACACUGUACGGCAAAGAUCCUAUUCGGCAGCAUUUGUUUUUCAUAGCGUGCGGUCUCUCAAUUGGUUUUUGGAAUUACGAUUUGAAUAUACUUCAUUCAUCAACGGCAGUAUGUGCAACGUAUUUAAUUUUAACAAUCCUCGGCAGCACCGGACUGUCUGUUGUAAUAACAUUACUCUUCAACAUGACGUACCUACUAUACGGUUACUACACUACCAGCACUCAAGAUUAUGACAUAAAGUGGACAAUGCCGCAGUGCGUGUUGACACUUAGAUUAAUAGGACUCGCAUUUAAUUUAUGGGAUGGACAAAGACGUGAUGAGGAGCUGUCCGACACUCAGAAACGGGUGGCUUUGAAGGAACGGCCGUCCCUGUUAGAAAUCGCGGCGUAUGCUUACUUUCCCGGCGCGUUCUUGAUCGGACCGCAGUUCAGUAUGCGACGAUACUUGGACUUUGUCGAUGGUCAGCUUACGGAACGCGACUCUCAAACUGGCGCCAUCAAACUACCGGAUUGUGUGUGGGCGGGAUUGUCGCGAGCUUUCAUCGGAUUCGUAUAUGUAGCGAUAUUUCAAAUCGGGACACUUUAUGUUUCCGAUCAAUAUCUCUUUGAACCGUCAUUCCAGAAGAAAAAUUUAAUAAAAAAAUGCUUGCUCGUUGGCCUUUGGGGUCGAAUUAAUCUUUACAAAUAUGUUAGCUGCUGGCUGAUUACAGAAGGAGUAUGUAUCACCUUUGGUUUAACUCACAAUGGAAAAGACGCCGACGGUCGUAUAAAAUGGGAUGGUUGCGCAAACGUCAAGUUGCGGACAUUUGAAACUGCCACACAGAUGCAUCACUAUAUUCUCUCUUUCAAUAUCAACACUAAUCACUGGUGUGCAGAAUAUAUUUACAAGAGGUUGAAGUUCUUGGGCUCAAAGAUAUACAGUCAGAUAAUGACAUUGCUCUUCCUCGCUCUAUGGCAUGGUUUACAUUCUGGAUAUUAUCACUGUUUUUUCAUGGAAUUUAUUGUGACAUAUUUUGAACGAGACAUUGGACCAGUGUUAAAGAAUAGCGAAAAAGUGCAAACGAUGUUGAAGACCCGUUGGGAAGCGCGCGUUCUCGCGUUUAUCUUUUUGAAGCUUUAUACUUUUGUUGUCAUGGGAUAUGUCCUCCUAGCGUUUGUACUGCUGUCAUAUCCGCGAUAUAAUCAAGUUCACGCUAGUUUAUAUUACUAUGGACAUGUGCUCUUCUUUUCUUAUCCGUUGUUUGCGCCGUUCAUCAAACGGUUGCUCGGUCCUAGACAUGAACGUCAACGACCGCAUGAGGAAUAAGACUAUAGGAUCUUUUUUGCGCCAAUAUUGAAAUAUUGCUCCAUACGUCGCUCGAGUUGAAUCGCUACGAAUUGAUAUCCAAAAAAAGCAUAGCUGCGGUAAAGAAUGAACACUGGUGUACAGUUACAUUAUUCCUAGUCUUCGGCGUGUCAGGAAGAAUGUGAUAACGCAUAUCUAGCGGAAGAUAUGGUACAUACGAGAACACAUGGUCAUUAUUAUCGCAUUUCGUAGCAAUCACAAAUUUCUUAAAGUGUAAUUCUUUUCUUUUAGCAAAAGAAUAUAUAAUAGGAUAUUGUUUUGGUGGAGGUUUAAUUUAUCAAUUUUUAUUAUCGAAUAUUUUGUGGAUUAAGAUUGAAAAGUUUUUUGGUUGAAUAAUAUCUGUCGCUCAAGCGAAAUACGAUACAUAAUGGUAGGAUACUUAUAUUCUGCAUAAGAGAGUAAUAAUACAUAGCUAAGAACUCACAAACUGACGCGUUAUUUCAAAGAAAUUCCGCUGGUCGGGAAUUGUAUGUGUGUGUAUGUAUGCGCGACUGUAUUUGAAAGUUUUUACAAUUUCAAAGCAUGUAUCCGAAAAAUCCCAACAACAUGAUGACAAUUCCAAACAUUUCCUUAUUCUUGUGGUACAAUAAUAUUUUCUUGAGUUUGUAAUAGUACUUAGCUAUAUAUACGUUUGUUUGAAGUUUACCUAUCUAGUUGGUUGCAGUACAAACUACAAAUAGUAGAGUUUACGCGUUGUGCUGUUUAACGAUAUGAACGAAUUGUAGCUUAUGAUACCGUAGCUUAUGAUAACCGUAUUAUCGUGCAGGCUAGUCAAACGUUCCAAUAUUCCAAAGAAAUUCAAAAAGGAAAGAGCAACUACGUGUACUUAGGUAUCGCGAUAAGAAUGGCGAACGUCCAGCCGCAGAAAUAAGCUUAUGGCAACUGUAUCGCAAAAUACAAUGAUGUAAUUUUAUAAACGCAAAGUAACCGAGAGCGCAAAACUGUUAUAAUCUAAUAAGUAUGCAUAGUAUGCGUGCUAAAAUUGAAGUAUUUAUCUCACCGAUAGCAAUUUCUAAUUUUUAUUUGCAGUGUUCCGCAAUUUAUCAACUAUCAUAUCACUCCAGAUAUAAAUACGACGAAGGGAAAUUUGAUUUUACUCGAGUGGGUGCCUUCCGUACCUACAAAAUGUCGAUUAAAAUGUUGAAAUUGCGUCGAAGGAGAUAUUCGAUGGAGAAUAUAAUCUACCUGCGACGAAAAAUUGUAAAUUUACACGUGUGAAAAAAAGUUUCAAAUAUGCCUGAUGCAGUAGAGAAAAGAGACAUAACGGUUUAAUUUCAGUAACAUGCUAUUGAUCGCUCUAUAUCUAUCUCUGCGUAUACAUCUAUCUAAUAUAAAGUAUGUAAAAUAUCGCGAGAAAGACGGUUCUCAUUCUUAUGUUCGCGCAAAUUGCAUACAUUCUCAUAAAAAUCUAACAACGAUCUAUCCAUCUUGCGAUGUGGCCAUGUGGCUUUUAUCACGCGCACAGCCCUUAUCAUCGAAAUUAAACAAUAGUUAAUAAUUUAUAAGUGAAGAAUGUACAGAUACUGGUAUACCUUGCGAUCUUUGAAUAUCUUGACGUACGCGCUUAUUGAUCGAUCGAAUUAGAUUGGCAAUUAAUUGGUAGUAUUACCACUUCUUGCUUCAACGUCCAUUUAUUGAUCAAAGAUAGAACCAGUUUCUGACAUUUUCAACAUAAUCGCGCGUAUAUAUUAACGAGUUGCAAGAUUUUAGAUAACUGAAUAAAUAAUACAUGUAGGCAUAAUCAAGUUUUUUUUUUUUUUUUUUUUCAUAAUAUAUACUUGGUUUCUCAAUAUGGUUUGGAUAUUUUUCUCUCGAUGUGCACUUUGGGCCGCGGAUGAUAAUUUAACGAGAGAGAUUUUAUUAUUCUACUAAUUUCUGAAAUAAAAACUUUUUUUUUUUAAUAAUUCCUGGAAGUUUUUUUAUUAGAUCAUCAGCUAUAUCGAGAGUAAAAUAUCCAAAUCAUAUUAAAACAAGGUAUAAAUCUGCCGAUAGAAUUGAGGCUGUAGAACAAUUGAAACCAAUUUCCUCAAUGCGAUAUUCUUAUAUAGAAUUAGAAUUAAUAAGCGCGAACACAUAUGAAUCUGGCGGUAUUUAAGAACUAUCGAUUUGUUUGUUUCGUCCUUAAUGUUAAAAUCCGAAAACAUGUCAUUGAGUGUGUCUCAUUUCCUUUCCGAGUAUUUUAAUAUCUUACGUUUUAAUGUAGGAACAUUAUACACGUAUCACACUGUUAAAAGACAAAACGAGAAGCUCGAUGUGGUAUGUAAAGAAUCUGUGAAAAAGGAUUAGGAUGACAUUGGCGAAUCAAUUAUGCCAGAAGUUGUUUGAUAUAAAAAAUGUAUUUUUUCUUUUUUCAAUUAUUUUCUUAAGAGAUACAUACAAAAAAGAUAUCGUUGUCUCGUGCGAAAUGAUUUUCAUUUACAUUUCUUUUGCGAGAGUAACUACUACCAGUAAUGUAACCCGGUAUUAUACGGUCAGUCGCUCGAGAACCAUGCGUACGUGCGCGGAACGUCGUGAAUAGGCUCGACAACGCGAAUAUCACGUCUGCCUGUGAGUACUUUUACUCCUGUGAAUACUACACGGCCUAUCCUGCGAGAAAAAUAAUUGACAUUCUUCCUGCGAUGUGUGAAAUUCUCGCCGGGUAUCCGGACCUGCAUUCGCGUCACGCUGCGAAGUAAUGAUCGAGAAAAAUAGUCCCCGUAAAAUUUGCUCUCUCUUUCUCUCUGAAGAAUGUCGAGUUUUACGACACGGAUCCGACGCGGAAUUCUUUGUACGCGUGACUCUAAUACGGCCCGCUGGGACCCUGCGGUCCUGGUGCACCGUAACUGUCGACUGGUCCCGGUUGAUGCCCCGGUGGGCCGUACUCGCCACCUUGCGUUUCCUUCUGUAAUGCAUAAAAAUAAACGUGCAGGGGAAGAUGAUGAUAAGAGAGAACGAGAGAUGUGUAAUACGCUAGAGUUUUUGUACCGUAGACCGCGCGUCGCGCGCGGCCUUGACCUUUUCUGUGAUUACGACCGGUAGAGGAUCUAAGCGUCUAGUCUUACAUUCGCGCGUUUAACGAGUUUGUCAGUACCGCAUAUAUCUAGCGUAGAUGGAGAUCGAGCGUUCUCUUCAGAUAAUUGCUAGCUACAUAGAGAGAAUUUUGCAUAGUAGUUGUAACCGAUGCUACGGGAAAGAGCAUUACCGCUCUACGACCGGCAAGUGAAUGAGUUUCGAUCCGAUGUGCGUAGUUCAUUAAGCAAGCAGAAAAAGAAACGCAGCGUGUAUAACGAUAUAUAUUUUUUUGUAAUGACGAGUUAUAGCAUUUAGUGUGUAUACAAUAUAAACGAUAAUAGCUCUAUCUCUA